AUGGAAAUGAAUCAAGAUGGAGAAUGCUUUGAAUGGUCUCCAUCACAAGUCAAAGGUCCUGUCGACGAUGAAGUACAAGAUGCUGAUUUGAUAUCCACAAUAGAAUUUAAUGAAGAUGGUUCGUUAUUAGGCGUGGGAGAUAAAGGAGGACGAAUUGUUGUGUUUCAACGUGAACAAGCGAGCAAAACAUCACCAAAACGAAACGAAUACAAUGUUUAUAUAACAUUUCACAGUCACGAACCUGAAUUUGAUUAUUUAAAAAGUUUAGAAAUUGAAGAAAAAAUUAAUCAGAUACGUUGGUUAAAACGAAAAAAUGCAGCACAUUUUCUUUUAUCAACCAAUGACAAGACUAUUAAAUUGUGGAAAAUUUCUGAAAAAACAAAACGUGCUGAAGGUUAUAAUUUACGUGAUGAUAACGGUAUUAUACGUCCAGCAAGUACAAUAACAAAUUUACGUAUACCAUUUAUUCGACCGAUGGAAUUGAUGGUCGAAGCAACACCAAAACGUGUAUUUUCAAAUGCUCACACAUAUCACAUUAAUUCAAUAUCAUUAAACAGUGAUCAAGAAACAUUUUUAUCAGCGGAUGAUUUAAGGAUCAACCUAUGGCAUACAGAAGUUACAGAUCAAAGUUUUAAUAUUGUUGAUAUUAAACCACCGAACAUGGAAGAUCUAACAGAAGUGAUAACGGGAGCUGAAUUUCAUCCGAGGGAAUGUAAUUUAUUUGUAUAUAGCAGUUCACGUGGUAUUGUACGGUUAUGUGAUAUGAGACAGUCAGCAUUAUGCGAUCGACAUUGUAAAGUGUACGAAGAACCAGAAGACCCCGCCACACGUAGUUUCUUUUCAGAAAUUAUAUCAAGCAUUAGUGAUAUUAAAUUUAAUCAUUCAGGUCGCUACAUGUUAACCAGGGAUUUUUUAAAUUUAAAAGUUUGGGAUUUACAAAUGGACUCUAAACCAGUUGAAACGUACCCAAUACACGAAUAUUUAAGAACAAAAUUGUGUGUAUUGUAUGAAAACGACUGUAUAUUUGAUAAGUUUGAAUGUUGCUGGAGUCCUAAAGAUGAUCAUUUAUUAACUGGUUCCUAUCAUAAUUUAUUCAAAGUAACAUCACGUCAAACACGUCGAGAUAUUUUAUUUGAAUCAUCUCGUGAACAAGCAAUACGUCCAAAACAAUUAUUAAAACCGAAAAAAGUUUUAUUAAAUGCAAAACGUAAUAAAAAAGAUGAAAUUAAUCCAGACAGUUUAGAAUUUUCAAAAAAAAUUUUACAUUGCGCCUACCAUCCGAUUGACAAUAUCAUAGCAAUAGCUACCGCACAUAAUUUAUUCACUUAUACAGCAAAAGACUCCUGA